AUGUGCAUGGAGGAAUGUCCACUGUAUCUAAUGUGAGUUUCAUCGCUGACCGAUCGAUGGACAAGGCCGGCCUUGUGUGCGGGGGGGUCAAUGAAGCCUCGUUCUCCACCCUGACAGCCGAGGACACCAUCAUCGUUCAGUACCCACCAGAUAGGAUUUGGAUCCAAGGUCCAUUGAAGAGUCUCUCGUUCCCGGUCGAAGCCCUCAUCAUCCUGACCUGCUUCUGUAGCGGUGGGAGUCCGCUCGCCGAGCUACACUGGAGUAAGGACAAUGUCUCGCUGAGCCAGGGCGUGUACAAGACGCUGGGGAAGAUCGCGGUGUCGGAGCUGGCGGUCGUGACGGAUCCGAGCGACAACCAAGCCUCUUACGCCUGCCACGCAAGCCACCCCGCCAGUGUCGACACGCUCACUGCUCACACUCGCCUCACUAUACACUUCGCCCCGAUCGGGCUGGAAAUCGAGGCAUUGAACGGGUCGUUGCGGGCGGGAGAGACGGUCUCUCUCCUGUGUACGGCCAGCUCCAGUAAUCCUGCUUCCGACAUCUCUUGGAUCUGGAGAGGAACAGUGGUGCCUGCGUUCUCUGUCAGGGUGACGAGGGGAGAGCUUGGCGGCUGGUCUACCCAGGGUAGACUCUCCAUCGCCGUCUCCCCCAGCGACCACGGGGAGAGAAUCCGCUGUCGAUCUUCCACUCCGGGACUGAGGCAAAAAACCAACACAGCCAUGACCCUCCAUGGUGAAGGGCGGGAGGUGAACGAGGACAACCAGAUCUUCAAUGGGAACAGCACGAAGCUGGUCAUCGUGGGGGCGUCGAGGAGCGACGCGGGGAGAUACGAGUGUGCGGCGGAUAAUGGAAUCCCCCCGGCGCUUGCCACCAGCGCCCAACUUGUAGUGGAGUUUGAGCCACAGUUACAUCGUGGAGUGGACUUGACCAAAGUUGCUGUGAAAGGGGAUGGGACGAGUUCGGCCAUCUUGACGUGCAAGGCGGAGGGAAUACCCGACGUGGAGUUCAGUUGGGCCCGGAACGGAGUCACCCUCGACCCCGGCAACCCUCGAUUUGCCCAGAGUAUCGUGCAUGAAGGGGCGCUCCACACCUCCGCUCUGACGAUCGUUAACGCCAGCGCGCGCCUGGAUUUCACCACCUACACGUGUAGCGCUCGGAACCGACGGGGAGCGGACACGUUUGACGUUCGACUGGUCCGCAUCGGAAAACCUGAUCCUCCUUCCGACCUGUCGUUGGUCCGGAAAUCCCAAAAUUCAAUCACCUUGGCGUGGAAUGCUGGGUUCAAUGGCGGUUUGGAGCAAUCGUUCCGGAUCAGGUAAUG